AUGGAGGCACAAAGAACGCAGUCGUCCUACAGGAAGCGUUUCGGGGCCCAGCCGGGGGCCGGGGGGCGGCCCAGCCUCUCCUCGGUGCGCUACUCGGUCCACCGCGGGCCGACCACGGUGCCCCUAGGCCUGGGCUCGCCCGACCGGCUGGACUUCACGGCCGACUCGGCGCUGAAGACGCAGUACCGCGAGAUGCGCACCAGCGAGAAGCUCCAGAUGGCGGGCCUCAACGACCGCUUCGCCAGCUACAUCGAGAAGGUGCGCUACCUGGAGCAGCAGAACAAGCUGCUGGUGACCGAGCUCAACCAGCUGCGCGGGAAGGAGCCCAGUCGCCUGGGCGACGUCUACCAGGAGGAGCUGCGUCAGCUGCGCCGGCAGGCCGAAGGGCUCAGCGCCGACACGGCUCGCCUGGAGACCGAGAGGGACAACAUGGCCGCCGACCUCGCCACACUCAAGCAGAAGCUGCAGGAUGAGGUCAGCCUUCGCGUGGAGGCAGAGAACAGCCUCAACUCCUUCCGCCAGGACGUGGACGAAGCCGCCAUGAACCGCAUUCAGCUGGAGAAGAAGAUCGACAGCCUGCAGGACGAGAUCAACUUCCUGCGGAGGGUCCACGAGGAAGAGCUGCGUGAUCUGCAGGUGCAAAUGAUGGCCCAGCACGUGCAGGUGGAUCUGGAUGUUUCCAAGCCGGACCUGACGACUGCCCUGAGGGACAUCCGCACUCAGUAUGAGGUCAUGGCCGCCUCCAACAUACAGGAGACAGAAGAGUGGUACCGAUCCAAGUUUAUCGAUCUGACUGACGCGGCCAAUCGUAAUGGGGAAGCCCUUCGACAGGCCAAACAAGAAGCCAAUGACUACCGACGGCAAAUCCAGGCCCUCACCUGCGACCUGGAAGCGCUACGUGGGACGAACGAGUCUCUGGAGCGGCAGCUGCUGGAGACGGAAGACCGCUUCGCCGUGGAGACGGCUAACUACCACGACUGUGUGGCCCGUCUGGAGGUGGAGAUCCAGGGUCUGAAGGAGGAGAUGGCUCGCCAUCUGCAGGAGUAUCAGGACCUGCUCAACGUUAAACUGGCCCUGGACAUCGAGAUCGGCACCUACCGCAAGCUACUGGAGGGAGAGGAGAGCCGAAUCACUGUCCCUGUGCAGAGCUUCUCCAGCCUGCAGUUCAGAGAGACCAGUAUGGACACCAGACUGUCUCCUGAGGCUCAUGUCAAGAGGAGCAUCCUGGUGCGGACGGUGGAGACGCGGGAUGGAGAGAUCAUUAAGGAAUCCACAGCCGAGAGGAAGGAACUGCCCUGACAACCAUAGACGUCACUCUCCCUUAAUACCUAACCGCCUGGACCUGUGCUGAUCCCGCGCCUAUCCAACACCCCCUCCCACACUGCAGUCCUCUCAGCCCCCUGCCCAAAAACAAAGAGGAGAAUGAAACUAACUCUAUAUCAGAAUGUCUGACCACCAAUUUUGCAAAAGAAAUGUUGAUGUUAUAGGUUUUUCUAUGUAAGUUAGAAGUGAAGCAAGCUUUAGUGUGAAGCAGUCAAGCCCCACCCUUAAGGGCCGUGGAUGGGUGGGACUGUUCUGCUUCAGCAGGUGUAGAAUUAAAGACAGAUGAUAGCGAUGCAAAGUUUGUGCUCAGCCUAUCAAGGGAAAGCAGGCUGAAUUUGUAGGGUUUGUGUGUAUGUGAAUAGUCAGGCAGAGACUGUGGAGGCAGGGACUGCAGAGCAGGCAGAUCAGAGAGAAGGAAGACAGUUCAUGUUAGAUGUAACACGGAGCCCAUCUUAGAUAAUGUUCUUUCAACAUGCCAUUCAUUGUAGGUGAAAUGACGGUAACAUAGCGUUCACGGUGCAUGUUGUCACUGUAGAUGUUUCAGUUGUGUCAUUGAGCUCAUUUUAGAUGUUUCUGUAACAUGGAGCUCAUAUUAGACGGUGUGACUAUAAUACAGAGAUUGUUUCAAACAUAAUUACUGUAACAUGGAGAUCAUGUUAGACGGUGUGACUAUAAUAUAGAGAUUGUUUCAAACAUAAUGACUGUAACAUGGAGAUCAUGUUAGAUGUUGUGACUGUAACAUGGAUAUCAUGUUAGAUGUUAUGACUAACAUGGAUAUCAUGCUAGAUGUUUUGACUGUAUCAUUGAGCCCAUUUGAGAUGUUUCUGUAAAAUGCCAUUCAUGCUAGAUGUUUCAGUUGUAUCAUUGAGCUCAUUUUGAUGUUUCUGUAACAUGGAGCCCAUAUUAGAUGUUGUGACUGUAACAUGGAGAUCAAGCUAGAUGUUUGGACUAUAACAUUGUCAGUAGGUACAAAUGUGUUUUAUUAACCUCACUUGGCAGCCAUGGCACCCCACAGUUCCUGCUCCCGAGGAGCUAAAAAGAGUGAGUGACAUCUUUCAUCUCCAUCACACUGAAAUCCUGCCGACACCCUUCUAUCUUCCCUCCAUCACUGUGUCACCAUCUCUCCUCUCUGGGCUCGGUCAGGAUGCCUUAUCUUCACUGCCCUCAUCACCUCAUCAUCUUCCCGUUCUUGCCUCCGGACUCUUGAUAAAUGAUACCUGCACAGAUUAUUGCUUUAACAAAACAAAAAAAUAUUAAUCUAACUUUCUUAACUUUCUUUAAAUGGUGAGACCAAUCAAAUAUAACCAAUUAUCAUCAAUAAAAUGACUUGAGGUUUCA